UCUUCCAGAUGCUUCAUUCGCUCUACAAGGUGCCUGGAACAUAUUUGAUAGAGCAUUAUCACACUGCAUCAUGGCGUCCGAUGAGCCUAAAGCCAAAAGGAUUAAACUUGAGGAAAAACAGCUCAGUCAAAAUGCCCUUUUCGGGAUGGGAAACCCCCUGCUUGACAUCUGUGCUGUGGUGGACAAAGACUUCCUAGACAAGUAUGGACUUAAGACAAAUGACCAGAUUUUAGCAGAGGAGAAACACAAGGAAAUGUUUGAAGAGAUAGUCAAGAAAUUCAAGGUUGAAUAUCACGCUGGAGGUGCCACUCAGAACUCUAUAAAAGUUGCACAGUGGAUGAUCCGGGAGCCGCACAAAGUUGGCACCUUCUUUGGCUGCAUCGGGAAGGAUAAGUUCGGGAAGAUCUUGAAGGAGAAGGCAGAGGAGGCCAACGUGGAUGCCCACUAUUAUGAGCAGAGCGAGGAGCCCACAGGGACCUGCGCGGCCUGCAUCACUGGCGACAACAGGUCUCUUGUUGCAAAUCUUGCUGCUGCAAAUUGCUACAAAAAAGAGAAACACCUCGAUCUGGAGGAGAACUGGAAGCUUGUUGAGAGGGCCCAAGUUUACUACAUCGCUGGAUUCUUCCUGACCGUGUCCUUGGAGUCGAUCCUGAAGAUAGCCAAACACGCUUCUGAAAACAACAAGAUCUUCUGCUUGAAUCUGUCGGCUCCAUUCAUCUGUGAGUUCUUCAAGGAGGCCCUGAUGAAGGUUAUGCCCUAUGUGGACAUCCUUUUUGGCAACGAGACGGAGGCCGCCACGUUUGCGCGAGAACAAGGCUUUGAGACUGAAGACAUUGAGGAGAUUGCGAAGAAGGCCCAAAGCUUAUCCAAAUUGAACAAGAAAAGGCAGAGGAUUGUUGUCUUCACCCAAGGCAAAGAAGGAACUGUAAUGACCAAAGGUGACAAAGUGGAGACAUUCCCUGUGCUGGAGAUAGACCAGAACGAGAUAGUGGACACCAACGGUGCUGGAGAUGCCUUUGUUGGAGGUUUCCUGUCUCAGCUGGUACAGGAUAAGACCUUUGAGCAGUGCAUCCGUGCUGGACACUACGCUGCUAACGUCAUUAUUCGCCGCGCGGGCUGCACAUUCCCAGAAAAGCCCGACUUCCACUGAUGGGCCGCUGAGAGACCGGAAGAUAUGGCCACCCAAGUGUUUUAUAGGAUUAAUGCCUUUUUUUAAAUUGCCUUUUUAUCUUCUGUUCCUCUUCCCUCUCUUGUUCACGUGCCUGUUUUCUCUGUCUCACGGCCUAAUUCAGUCACAGAGACGUACAGUAUUUCACGUUAAAAACUGUUUACAAAAGAGGAAUAUCUGUGUUGCAAAUAUUGAUCGUUAUUACUGAAGUGAUUUUAGUCAUGAAGUUAGGAGUGGUUAUCAUAACCAGCAUCUUUUCAGAUGUGGCAUUUGCUAACAAAAUAACUUUAAUGACAAGGUAGUAUCAUACUGCUGUAACAACUGAAGCAGAUAUUUCAAAUAUAUAUUAUAAAAAUCAGACGAAUCAUUUGAACUUUAUUGAAAUCAAAAGCUUAUUUUGUCUCAGAGGAAUUGUGUUGGCUAGUCCUGCUGUUGUAAACCAAACGUAAUUGUGAAAAGCACACUCAAAUGUGUCAUAUACUGUACAAAGAAAUCUGUUGUUUUGUGAGCACAACCUCUGCCAAAUAAAAAUAAAAGAGCCUCAUUUAC